AAAGAUUAAUCCCAAAUAUAGGACAUUGGGAAUUCCCACAAUGCACUCAAUUUCGCCAUUUCCACUUGAAAGUUCAUGGAUUUUGUAAAGUGUUCCGUGCCCGUUCUGUAGAUAUAUUCUGUAUUUUCCAUGUAAUUUCUUUUGUGAUCAAUAGUGGAAGGCAUAAGCGAGAAGGAAAGGAAAUAAAACACAAAGACUACCAAGAUGUCGAAGGCGAAAACGCAGCAACCGCAGGUCAUCCAUAAAGUUAUAAUGGUCGGGAGUGGAGGUGUUGGAAAAUCAGCCCUGACGCUACAGUUUAUGUAUGAUGAGUUUGUGGAGGAUUAUGAACCAACCAAGGCAGAUUCUUACAGAAAGAAAGUGGUUUUAGAUGGCGAGGAGGUACAGAUAGAUAUUCUAGACACAGCGGGUCAGGAGGAGUACGCAGCAAUCAGAGACAAUUAUUUCAGGAGUGGGGAGGGCUUUCUGUGUCUCUUUUCCAUAACAGAACAAGAAUCAUUUCAAGCAACUGUUGACUUUAGGGAACAAAUAUUACGAGUGAAAAAUGACGACACAAUACCAUUUCUGUUAGUGGGGAACAAGGCAGAUCUCGAAGAUAAACGUUACGUCAGCGUGGAAGAGGCGCAGGAACGGGCCAAACAGUGGAGCGUACCGUACGUGGAAACGUCCGCCAAGACCAGAGCUAAUGUCGAUAAGGUGUUUUAUGACUUAAUGCGAACCAUUAGAGACAAAAAGGCAGCAAACGCCCCCGGAGACCCAAUACCAGAACACACCACAAAGUGUUGUGUCAUUCUGUGACCCGCGGGGUAUUUUAUGAUUUAAUGAGAGCCAUAAGAGAUAGGAAAAUGGAGGCCAGCCGCCAGACGAAUGGAAAAAAUAGCAUCAAGAAAAGCAAGAAACGAAAGUGUACAAUUUUAUAACCAAACCACUCUUCAGACAUUUUUUUUUAUUGGCAACAGUGUUCAUGGUUCAUUGCCUUUGACCUUUGACACACAUCCUACGACCUUGAAAGAGAAAGCUACAAUCAGGAGAAAAAUAACAACAAUUCAAGGUUUUUAUUCAUUGGAGAAAAUUCAAUGGUUACUCAUUUGCAAAAAAAAUCAGAUUGUCUAAAGAUGCAACAGUGACUUAUACAAUUGUAGUUCUCCAGUUUUUAAGCUAUGGCUUUUAUUUAAUUAGUAUGUUCACACCAAACUGUUAAUACAAAUAAGAAAAAAUACAACCAAAACCAAUUUAAACACAAUUAAUUUGCAUAUGUGUAGAUAUGAAGUAUGCAUGUGUAAAAAUGCUUGUAAUGAGAAAUUUCAUCAUAUUUUAUAAUAUUUUUGUGUGAGCUCUAUGAUUUUUUUAAUGUUUAAAUACGUUGAAUGUAGAGCAAAUUUUUCUUCCCUGUUGAGAUGUAUGAAGGUGCCAGGUUUUUGUUUUAUUUUGAUGAUUUUUUAUUUGAAAAAGACAUGUCCUUCAAUUAUUUUUUUGAUGACCAGAAAAUUAGAAAAAAAAAUUUUUAGUGUGAAAAUGAUAUCAAUAGUAUUGAUAUGAGAAUAGCCUUUGUGUAUAUACACCUGAGGCUUCCCUAUGCACUAGCUGUUAUUAAGUGAUACUUUUGUCUUGAUCCAGUAAGAAUUUCAUCACUCUAUAAUAUAUGGAAGAGAGAGAUUCCAUUAUAUGUGGGUUUUCACUAAAACAUGUUUUGCCAUAAGAAGGUUAUAUUGUAUUAUUUUGAUUUAAGUGUGUAUUCUGCAUUUUAUGAAAUACCAAAAUACCUUGUGAUUAAAUUUUAGGGGUUUUAUAAUGAUUUCCAACUUGUACUCAGAAAGCUGUUUUAGUAUUUGUGGUUCUCUGUGAUGAUAUAGUGUCAAGUUAUAGGCCAGGAAGUUAUUGUAAAGUUGUACUGUAUGUCGCAUGCCAUUGGGUUUAUGCUCCAGUUCUCAACAGGAGAAGCAUAGCAUAAUCCUCGUAUAGCAAAGCUACAUAAAAGACCAGCUUCCAAACAUUAUUUGUCCCCUUCUUACAUAACGGUUAAUCUUCAGCAGGUACCAUAGGUAAAAUAAAAGUUAUUUCCCAUUUACAAAAUUUACAAUAAAAAUUUUAUUUUUGGAGAUUUAUGACCUAAGAAUAAAAAGUUGUGUUUUUUUUUUUGAUUUGAUUCUAAACCACUUCAAUGAAAUAGGCAUCUGCCAUAAAAAUGCCUUGAAGGAAAAAUUAUUCUCAGAAUGUAAAUAUCUGUAGAGGAACAGGGCAUAUGAUAUUUCUAAAUGUUGGCCUUAGAUGUAUUAAACCCAUUUAUACAUGGAAGUUGUUGUGACUGGUGUCUUGCAAACUCGCGGCCAUUUGAUAUUAUGUGUAAAAUCAUUAGAUGAAGAGGAUACAUGUGUAUUUAUUAUAGGAUAACAUUGGCUUAUAUGAUCAUUUUGCUACUAAAAUAGAACAUGUACUAAUUAAACAAAAAUCUGUAAGGUUAGAAGACUAGGAAUACAUACCUUUCUGUAAAUAAUGCUUAUAGAUAGUAAGCCAAAAAAAACCUUGUAUAGUGAUUUCUGUGCAGUAUUUUAAGGUACUUCACAUUAAAAUUGGCUUGUAUAUUUGUGUAAUCAAUUUAAUUUAUUGUUUCAUAUUUUGUGGUGCAGAUAGGCACUCUCCUUAUGUAUACAUUGUAGAAUGUUUUGACAAUAUCUAUAGAUUGAAUAUUGAUAUAAGGUGAAACCACUACAGUAUGUAUACAUUGAAUUAUUAUAUUGUGUAUACACCUACAGUAAAUGAUAUAUACACUUACAGAAUGUAAUGUAUACUCUUACAAGCAAUUCUAUGUUGAUCUGUAAAACAUGUAUUGUUCAAAUUUACCAGACAAAGUGUGGACAUGUCAAGUAGUGGUCAAGGUUAUUUGUAGUAUAUGGUCAAGACUUUCUUUCAUUCAAAGGUGAUCAUUUAGAAAUUAUGGUCUAUUAAAAUUGGGGGGGGGGGGGGGGGGGGUGGAGGGGGUUAAGGAAAAGGACAGUACAUGUACUAAUAUCAUUCUCCAUUCAAAUGGUGAUAGUUAAUGUUUGUUGUUUUAAGUUAAUUAACUGAGAAAUUAUAAUGAGUAAUAUUUUAAUGAACUUUAGAAUCAAAUAUUCUAACCAUGUUGGGAAAUACCAGUUUAACAAUGGGAUUGGCUGGAAAAUUCUUUUUAUUGAAGUCACGACUUGUUCGACUAUGAUAUUUACAAUCUCAUCCUCUCAGGCCUCUUCAGCAUAGCUCUGAAAAAAUUGUGAGGAAAGGCCCGUGAAAUUGAUGGGAUUCUACCAUACAUAUGGAAUCAUUAGUAUUCAUUUAGUUUGGGUAAGCAGAAGUGUCAUGGUUUUAAUGACUAAUGUUUCAUGAUUUGUCGUGAUUUUUAUGACUGAUAUUUAGAAGUAAACUUACCAAAGUAUGAAUCCGAAAAAUAACUCCAAUUUUUUUUAUUGGACCAUGCUUGAAGUAAAUAAAAAAAAAAGAACUUGGGUGCUCAAACAGGAAGUAGAUCUGUGGAGGAAUGUUUUUUUCUCUUUGUUAAUUGUUUUGUUGUUUUAGUUGCAAACUGAGGGUUUUUUUUCUCUCCUCAUAUAUUAUACAUAUACAUGUAAGUUGCAUAAUGGUAAAAUUGUAUAGAAGGCAGUGUUAUAUAACAAUACAAUAUGUGUACAUGUAGGGUUUUUUUUUCAUGUCUAACAAUACAAUGUCUUAUUGAUUUCAUGCCAUAUUUUUUACUCUAUAACAAAGAAUCUUCAUGACGCUGUAAGCUGCAUUAGGAAAAUGUUUUCCAAUUCUUUUCUGACUUUUUAUUGAAACUGUUCAUCAGACUGGUCAUUGACCCCCUAUAAAGGGGGAGAUUAUAGGGGGAGAUGAGCACUUGAUGAAAUCCUUUGAGGAGUGCAUUGCCUGGUUAUUGUUGUUUUUAUUCAUUAUUACGCCUUCAAUAUGCAUCUAUAUAUACUGAAAAUAAAGAUGUCACGAAAUAUG